AUGCCUCUCCAACGAUAUCAUUUAGUUUACGGCAUGCCCACAAGGCCCCUCGUCAUUGCUGUCGUCCCAAUUCGAAGUCUUCCAUGGUCUGGGAGCCCCUUGAAAAAGCUUAAGAAAGAUACCGAAAUAGAUGAGAUGUUGCAUCGUGCCAGCUAUGCGCUCGAGUCUCUGGCACGCAUAGCCAUGUUAUCGGUAUCCAUUACCGAUCUCGAAGUUGCCUACUACAACAGCUUUAAUCAUCUUGUUUCAGAAGUGUUCGAUUCUCGCGCUACCUCAUACAUUCAGGUGAACGAUGGUGACUCAAAAGGCCUUCAUCUUGGGUACAAGACCAUGGAUCUCGUUGACCCUGAAGUUUCCCCUACUCGACAUCUGUAUCGUCGUGACUCCGAACCCAUCAUCUGUGUUAUUAUCGCACCACUAGACGUUACCGAAGGGGGCACUAAUCUCGAAUCCUCCAUUUCAGGUGUGCUUUCACUCUAG